CGGAGCGUCAACUGAUGGCCACUGCCAUUAAGAGACAACAAUCCAGAAGAAGAUUAGCCGCCAUUACAUUCUUGUCGAACAUAUCGCUCGACGGCACACAUCGGGACACGAAAAUUGGUUUAGUAUUUAAAGUAGUAAAUGGUAACCAUCAUAACCAUCAUCACCACAACCACGACCACUACCACAGUAAUGGUGUCAGCGAUCAGGACGAUGACGACCAGGAGAAUACCGGUGCCAUCAAUGGACUGGCCGUUCACGGCGCCAACCGAUUGCACUCACGCUCAAAUACACUGAAUUCAAAUACCAAGUCAUUUGAUGCCAACAGCAAUCGUAUCAGUCCUAAGGACAGGGAUCGAGGGGACAGUGUUGUAAAUGAUGUUGACUUUGGAUACGAUAUAUACCUCUCCAAACAGUCUCACAAAUAC